ACAUGGUCACAGCGCCGCUGCUUUGCUCCAACAGGCGUCAUUGGACAACGCUGACAACGCGUUGAUGUACUCGAUGGAGGUGGCCAAAAGAGGUUCAGGACAGUCGACAGAACUGUCCUUUGUGAAGGAAUUCCGGGAGCAAGACCGCGCGCUGGCAGAGCUGGAGGAGCGGGUUCGCAUGCUGCAGGAGGCUGUGAAGGACCAUGCGGCCCUCGUUGAAGAGGAAUCGUAUUCAGAAGAGGACCUUUUGCGGGUGUACGAGGAUGUUCUGGCUCUGCCCCCGUCUUCGGAACCGGAGAAAGAUACGGCUGUCGAGCCGCGUGACACCAUGGUAGAAGAUGCAAAGAUUCUCCAGGGGAUAGCUUCUCGAUGGUCCGAGAGUCCAGGGUCGUCAUCUGCAACAGACGUCAGCGUCACACCGCGCAGUAUCGUCCGUCGGUUGCAAGAAGUCGUCGCCAGCCUAGACCAGCUGCGCCACGCUGUUCCCCGCAUCCAAGGCGAAGGGACAGAUGUAGAUGGGACUGUGCCUUCUGUGCCCCUUGGCAUGCUCACUACCGAAGAGUGGCUAGCUCUAAUCCGCACUUUCUGCAGGGCCGGUGAUGGCGCCACAGCGGAGACUGCGCUGAGUCUAAUGAAGUCUACCGGUGGUUUCGGCUUCGAGGAAGCUGUCAACGAAGUCCUCGAUUCCUACGCGUCCGCGGGAGAUGUUCCCGCCACAGAAAGAGUGCUGCAGACCUACGCAGCCUCGCCCACAGAAGUGCAGCGAGACUCCCAUGUCAUGGCAUAUUGCAAGGCUUUGGUUCCCGGCGCGUUCCCGUCGCAAGUGGAAGAGCUCCUGCACCACUACGAGGCCCGCGGCCUACCCGCACCGAUGAAGUCAUACACCCGUGUCCUGACCGCACUGCUCUCUACACGGACAAGACCUUCCCUCGGCCACGCUCAAGCCAGGGACCUCUUCGCACACAUGCGUUACGCAGUCCACCCGAAACCGGACAUCGCGCUGUACACCCUGAUGCUUCGAGCGUGCGCGCACCCUGCCGUGCCGGCUGAGCCCGAGCGCGCUCUCGAUCUCUUCACAGAAGCUAUGGUGGACCGCAGGCUGACGCCGACUCCCGCGGCGUUCUCAGCGACGAUAUACGCGCUCUCGCGCAGCGGCGAGAAGCGGUUCGUCCGAGAGGCGUUCCGGCUUGCGAAGCGGAUGAUGGACGGCGACCGCGAUGCGCGCGGUAUGAGCGCGUUCCGACCUGAUCGGCGGUUUGUGGGCGCGCUGCUGGAAGGUGCGAAGCGGAUUGGUGACCUGGCUAGGACUCGCUGGCUCCUCGCCGUCAUGGUGAAGCAAUCCACACAAGCGGCUGAGGGUACAGUGGAUCGCGGUUCGCCUAACUCCCGGCUGUUCUUGAGUGAGGGCAUCAUGAGGCAUGUCUUCCACGCCUAUGCGUCAUACAAGGUGCCUUUCACUCCGUCACUGGCAAAAAUAGUCGAGGACUCCGACACCAAAAACGCCGUCAAGGAAACGAGCACACCACAAGGCGAGAGCAUCCAUGUCCCGGAUGCGCCACCGGCAGACGAAGUGAAGGACAUGGAGGAAGACUUUGCUUCCUCAGGUCUGCCCGUGGAAGAGGACACAUCUAGCUUCUCCCACAUUCUGCCCCAGACCCGUGCGGAGGUUGUCAGGGAGGUGGACAUCUUGCUCUCUCGGAUCGUCGAAGAUGACAGGAUCAAGCAUAAUCUUGACGGAAGCGGUCAGGGCAAAACCGCUCAGCUCCCAAGACCCUUCAGACAUGUCGCGCUGACGACGCGUCUACUCAACGCCUAUCUCUCUGUGCACUCCGUCCACUCCCGGUUUGAGGUUUGGAGCGAACUCUAUCGUACGCUAUUCGACCAGCUGGACGUCCCGCGUGACGCCAAGUCGUAUGUGGAGGCGCUCAAGCGUUGUUCGACAUCGCACAAGUCGGAGCGCCAUCUGGCGCUCCGUCUGGCCGAGGAGAUCUGGGGCAGCUGGCAAAGCAUCGAGGGAGCGUGGUCGACGGGCAACGUGUCUGACCGUAAUGACCCUGCCGUCAGCACAAUGAACGCGCGGUUGAUCGAGCGCGCCAAUGUGGCUAUGAUUCGCAUGCUGUCCUUGACGGGCCAGACUCAACGUGCGCUUGACCUUGUGCGGUCUUUCGCUACGCGGUACCCUCCGGAACGACUUCUCCGCAUUGAAACAAAACAUCCGCUGCGGUCUUCGCGCACCAUCCUCGAAGGAACAAGGCCGCUCGUGAGAUUGACCAGCUCCGUAGAUGUUCCUGACGACACGGUCCCACCGCUGCUUACAUUCACCGAUCUCGAGAUACUCCACGCCCGUCUCGUAAGGAAUGGCAACCAGGAUGGCAUCGGCUACGUCAAGUGGUUAUGCAAGUCCUACGAGGGCUACCUACGAAGACGACGAGAUGCCACAAUGUCUUCUGCUCCACCUAGAAAGACGCCUACUACGUCCCCAGUUGAGGCAUGAUGUUUUCUGUUAUAGAGGGGACCCUUGAUCUGUAAAGUAUAUGCGUAUAAUGUUUGGUCUAAUGUGUUAAAUUGGAUCGCUACAA